UUGGAACAAACUGAUUGAAAUCAUAGUAGCACAUAACGGUAGUACGGAGCCACUGUUAUCUCUUUUUUCCCCUCCAGCGUUUGCCUUUUUGCCUGAGAGCAAAAAAGGCUCCGCUUAGCCUGCAUAGCGGCUUCUGCUGUGACCUCUAAUGAUAGCUGUGUCAAGAGAAAGUGAGGGUAAGGGAAAGAGAAUAAUCCUUUUCUCUGUGUUUUGAUUUGGAGGUUUUGAAGUCAAAAGGCACUGAAACCUCUGCCUUGCAGUUGCUGUUUGAGACUGGCUUUAACUUGCAGUGUUUGAAGAGAACCUGUCUAAACCGACUCCUGAGCAAACCUCUAGGAAUAUAUCCACCUCAGAGUGGAUAUAUUUUUACCUUGAAGACUGGAUGGAGAGCUGGUUACUCUGAUUUUCCAAAUACCUUCUUAACAACACGCUGUAAUUCCUUUGGACAGUUUAAUAAAGUGGCCGGCCCUGGACUCGGGAAACGCCAAAAAAAAUUGCUAGUGGACCACUGUUACGGGACGUAGAAAGCCAUCUGCAAGAGUUGCCUGCUUUGGUAGACCUGGUCUGUGUAUAGAACUCAUGUUUAGGGACCAGGGGACAGGGAGAGACAAGUUUUAUCUUUUAAGGCAGUGUAUUUUUUUUUUCUUUAUUAAUUCUCCUUCACAGGUCUUGUAGGUUGGUUAUUUAAAGCAUUUGGUAUUUGCAAGAAUAUGACUACAACUCCAUUUACUGUUGAUGGGAUAUAUUGUAUGUGUCUAAAUUUCCGUUCACUCUGCUUGAAAGCCCAUCCUGGAAUAUCAGUGCAUAAUAUUUAAAAAAAAAAAAAGUAAGUUUUGUCUCAAUGACCUUUGAGACCUAAGAAAGGAUCUCUGUUUUUGUUAAUUCACUUUCUCCUGUGCUGCAUUGAGUGUGAAUCUGCGAAUCUUUUACCUAAGUACUCCCACAGAUUGAGAUGAGGAUUACCAUACGAAAGUGCUACCAAUGUUUAUAGGUUGCAGUAUCAGGCCUUAUAGUGGUGUAAAGCUCUUAAACGUGAGAGAAUUUAGCACUCGGACUGGACAAGUGGAUGCCUUGUUACUUGCUGGCAAAGCCUUGUAGCAUGUAUUGCUUUGGUAAAAAACAGUAUCUGUUACUCUGCUGUGGAAAUAGUGACUGUGCAUGAUGAGAUAAAUCCUAUUUAAAAUAUUGGCCAGCUCAGAACUGCUUUGAGAGAGCCUUGAAGUGAUUUGCCAAAACGUAGAUCAAUUUGUGCCUGGGAUUUCGCUUCUCUUACUGUACCAGUAUACUGGGGCAUUAACAGGAUUAGUAAAAGUCAAUGAGGACCUGAGCUGCCAUCUAGUCAAUUGUGGUGAUGAGUGUCUUUGAAUUCAGUGGAUUUGGGAGGGUAUCUGCUUCUGCAGUGUGGCCAAGCAACUGCAGUUGCCACUGAUCCAGGUGAAGUCACGUUGCUGAGCACUGUGAGGACCAGGCCGUUACAGGUGCUGUUCACGUGGGGGGACAGACGGGAGCUCUUGCCUUGGCUUUGUCCCUGACCCUUAUUCAAAGAAAAGGGGCUUUCCUCAGACUGCUCGAUUAUUUCAUAGCAUGAGUCAAACGUAUGGUGCAAGUAAGAAGGAAACAGACCUGGAAAUGGUAUUUCCAGGGGCGUUUUUGAAGUCUUAAAAGGUCUAGUCUUUCUAGAUGAAGAUCAAUCCGCUUCUCCUUAAAGAUAUUGCCAGAGACAGGGUCACAGAAUGAGGACACUUGCUCUUGUACCAGUUAUGUAAAGCUGCAAGCUACAGGGCGUUACAGAAAACCGCGUCAAAACAGCCCCUUGGAGCUCGUGUCUUCCUUACCGACGUUUCCGCCGUGUCCCACAGUAACGGCCGUAUACGCAAGCCAUCAGCUUGACGCCAGCCUAGCGAUUCACUGCCCCGAGUGAAUGGAUGCCUCAGGAACGCGAGAGAGCGAAGGAUGGACUCGCUGGAUCACAUGCUUACGGACCCGCUGGAGCUGGGACCAUGCGGGGAGGGAAAUGGCACCCGAAUCAUGGAGGACUGCAUGUUGGGUGGGACAAGAGUUAGUCUGCCUGAGGACCUCCUGGAGGAUCCUGAGAUCUUUUUUGAAGUUGUCAGCUUGUCUACGUGGCAGGAGGUGCUGACAGAUGCACAGCAAGACCAUCUAAAAAAAUUCCUGCCGCACUUUCCUGAAAACAACCGAGAGCAUCAGAACAAACUCAUCUCUGCACUGUUCAGUGGCGAGAACUUUCGUUUUGGAAAUCCACUGCACAUAGCCCAGAAACUUUUUCGGGAUGGACACUUUAAUCCUGAAGUUGUGAAAUACAGGCAACUCUGUUUCAAAUCCCAAUAUAAACGCUACCUAAGCUCUCAGCAGCAGUACUUCUACCGACUGCUCAAGCAGAUCCUUGCUUCCCGCAACCACUUGCUGGAUUUAGCUAGGAAGGGAGGUCCUGAUAUGACCCUGAGGAAAAAGCACUUCUCGCCAACGUGUGACACAGAAGAACGGGACAGACGGACCCAUCGUCGCUACUUGAAGAUUCUGAGGGAAGUGAAAGAGGAGUGUGGAGAUACUGCUUUGUCUUCUGAUGAGGAAGAUCUGAGCUCCUGGCUUCCAAAUUCUCCAGCUCGUUGUCCAAGUCCAGCAGUUCCACUGAGGGUGAUCCCGACAUUAUCAACCUUGGACAUGAAAACAGCAGAUAAGAUAGAACUUGGGGAAAGCGACUUGAAGAUGAUGUUGAAGAAGCACCAUGAGAAACGAAAACGUCAACCUGACCACCCAGAUCUAGUGACAGCAGACCUGACUCUUGAUGACAUUAUGACUCGUGUAAAUGCUGGCAGGAAAGGUUCCUUAGCAGCCUUAUUUGACCUUGCAACCCUGAAGAAAAAAGUAAAGGAAAAGGAAGACAAGAAGAAAAAAAAGCUGAAGAUGAUUAAAUCUGAGGUGGAAGAUUUGGCUGACUCCCUAAGCAAUGCAGAUGGUAUCCCACCAAUGUCUCAGGAUCCUUCCCCCCUCCCUCUGUCGUCUGUCAAAGAGGAACCUCUUGAAGAGAUGAAGCCAUGCCUUGGAGUAAAUGAAAUAUCUUCUAGCUUCUUUUUCCUUCUUUUGGAGAUUUUGUUUCUGGAAGGACCUGCUAGUCUCUCUGUGCUUGAGGAUAAAGUUCUAGAUUGGCAGUCUUCUCCUGCCAGCACACUAAAUAACUGGUUCUCCUUUGCCCCCAACUGGUCUGAACUGGUUUUGCCUGCCUUGCAGUACUUGACAGGUGACAGCAGAGAUGUUCCUUCUAGCUUCUCCCCUUUUGUUGAAUUCAAGGAAAAAACUCAGCAGUGGAAAUUGCUUGGUUCUUGCCAAGAUCACGAGAAAGAAUUGGCAGCACUUUUCCAACUCUGGUUGGAGACCAAAGACCAGACUUUUUUCAAGGAAAACGAAGACAGCUCAGAUGCCACAACACCAGUUCCCAGGGUAAGGACUGACUAUGUAGUCCGACCCAGCACUGGAGAGGAGAAACGUGUUUUUCAGGAGCAGGAACGUUACCGCUACAGCCAGCCCCACAAGGCUUUCACCUUCCGUAUGCAUGGCUUUGAGUCAGUUGUUGGUCCUGUGAAGGGGGUGUUUGACAAGGAAACAUCACUAAACAAAGCCCGAGAGCAUUCUCUCCUGCGCUCAGACAGACCAGCCUAUGUCACCAUCUUGUCCCUUGUUCGUGACGCUGCUGCUCGCCUUCCUAACGGAGAAGGAACUCGUGCGGAAAUCUGUGAGCUGCUUAAAGAUUCCCAGUUCCUUGCUCCUGAUGUCACAAGUGCUCAAGUUAAUACUGUUGUUAGUGGUGCUUUGGACCGAUUGCAUUAUGAGAAAGAUCCCUGUGUGAAGUACGAUAUUGGCCGCAAGUUGUGGAUAUACCUGCACCGGGAUAGGAGUGAGGAAGAGUUUGAACGGAUUCACCAGGCUCAAGCUGCUGCAGCAAAGGCUAAGAAAGCCCUUCAGCAGAAGCCAAAACCUCCGGCUAAAAUGAAAUCUAGUAGCAAGGAGAGUUCUGUGAAAGCGCUCCCUAGCAGCACAUCAGAGCCCAGUCAGCUGAGCCUUAGUGACUCGAGCAUGCCGCCGACUCCUGUGACUCCUGUGACACCAACUGCACCAGCGUUACCAGCAACACCUAUUUCACCCCCACCAGUGUCUGUGGUUAGCAAGAGCGUACCUAGUGCUGGAUCAGAGCCAGCAAAACCUAGCCAAAGUGUUCUUCUGGUAUCAUCCCCUACCAUGCCACAGCUUGGGACAUUGCUUUCUACAGCCCAGAGUUCACAGACGCAGCCUGGGCCACAGCCGCCUCCCACCCGGGUGGUAAGUCACACCACGUCGUCAGGACUGUCCCAGGUCCGAGUGGUCGCUGCCCAGUCCAGCCUCCCAGCUGUGUCUCAGCAAGCCCCAGUGGUAACCCAGCAGCAGCAGUCAACGUCAGUGCCUCAGAUCCGCGUUCCAGCUACAGCCACACAAACCAAAGUGCUGCCGCAGGCUGUGAUGACUCUGCCAGUGAAAGCUCAAACCAGCCCAGUGCAGGUGCAAAGACCGGGAAGCUCUGUGACAGGACAGACGGGCAUCACUGUGGCAGGACUGUCUGCAGCACCCAGUCCUGCUGUAAAGCCGGUAACCAGCUCUCCAGGCAGUUCUGCUACAAGCACCUCCUCUACCACUGUCAUCCAGAAUGUAGCUGGCCAGAAUAUCAUCAAGCAGGUGGCUAUUACAGGGCAACUUGGCAUGAAGACCCAGCCGGGAAGUGGUAUCCCACUCACAGCUACCAAUUUUCGGAUCCAAGGAAAGGAUGUGUUGCGCCUGCCCCCAUCCUCAAUCACCACGGAUGCGAAGGGACAGACCGUGCUGCGUAUCACCCCGGACAUGAUGGCCACCCUGGCCAAAUCUCAAGUCACUACUGUCAAACUCACUCAGGACCUUUUCACAGCAGCUGCAGGAAGCAGUGCUAGUGGGAAGGGCAUCUCGGCAACUUUGCACGUGACAUCCAAUCCUGUUCAGACUGCUGAUUCUCCAGCCAAGACUAGCACAGCCACUUCUGCUUCUUCCAGCCCGGCUGGAAGCACAGUGGUUAAAGUGACUCCUGACUUAAAGACUGCAGAGCCAGCGAGCUCCGCUUUCAGACUGAUGCCUGCUCUGGGCAUGACUGUGGCAGACCAGAAGAGCAAAGCCAUUACUACGGUGGCAUCCACUGAGGCCAAACCGGCUGCUACUAUAAGAAUUGUGCAGGGGCUGGGGGUGAUGCCACCCAAAGCUGGGCAGACCAUUACUGUAGCUACUCAUGCUAAGCAAGUGCCCUCUUCCUCAGCAGUGAGCGUGCCUGGCACAGUCCAUACCUCAGCUGUCUCGUUACCGACCGUGAGUGCCACAGUGUCGAAAGCAGUAGCUGUGGCCUCAGGGGCUGCAGGGACUCCCAUAACUAUAGGCACAGGAGCCACUGCUGUGCGGCAGGUACCCGUGAGCACCACAGUAGUAUCCACGUCCCAGGCAGGUAAACUACCAGCACGAAUAACAGUGCCUCUGUCAGUGAUCAGCCAGCCAGUGAAAGGCAAGAGUGUGGUGACUGCCCCCAUCAUCAAGGGCAACCUUGGGGCCAACAUCAGUGGACUGGGUAGAAAUAUCAUCCUGACUACGAUGCCAGCAGGGACAAAACUGAUUGCUGGGAACAAACCAGUGAGUUUUCUGACUGCACAGCAACUGCAGCAGCUGCAGCAACAAGGCCAGGCCACGCAGGUGCGCAUUCAAACAGUACCAGCCUCCCAUCUCCAGCAGGGAACAGUGUCUGGCACUACCAAAGCAGUUUCCACUGUGGUCGUGACAACUGCUCCAUCUCCAAAACAGACCCAAGAUCAGCUGUGAACACUGGUUUGAAAGUGGAUCAUUUUUCAGGAACUUGCCUGAUUCCAUUGUCAUCCUCCAUCCAGCCACCCGAGACUACCUAACUGCAAGUCAUAGUUAGGGAUUGGACUGAAAUCCGCCACGUGCCAAAAGCAACACGCAUUGCUUGUCUGGAGUCAGCAUUGUGAUGUCUAGGUAGAAAUUCCACAGCAAAAGAUGCUGUGCUUACAAAACAAAAUGUUUCAGUCCAGAUGUGCAAAGCCAAGUUCUUUGGCAUUGAUCGUGUAAGAAAUGUCUUCCUUCUUUGUUCUCUUCCCAUCUGAAUGGCUUUUUCCAAAUGGCCGUCUCUCGUUUCUGUGCAUUUUGGGUUGUAGACAAAGCAGUUAAUCUUGGGUCUUCCUUAACCAGUGAAACUUGCUUGGAAGGAUUAAUUCAGUGGCUUUUCAAAGUCAUGAUGAAGAUACGUUCUUUUGCUGGAGACUAGCUGUCAAGACUUUUAUAUAGGUGACUUAGGACAGCGGCUUGGACACCAGAGUUUGUUUGUAACAUAGCCUGGAAGUAGAUCCCUAACACAUUCAGUUUACUAUUUAUAGACUUUUUUAAUACCUCUCCCCUGUCUCUGAGCUCAAACUUCAUGAUGAGCAGAUCCCACUUCCAUGUCAAAUUUCUGUCAGAGUCUUUGUUAUGCUUAAAGGCAGGAAGAGUCCCUCGUCAAGACAGUUCUUGUUGUAAAAAGGCUAGUAAACGUGGGAAAGGGUGAGAACUGGAGGAGAUGUGGAAAGUCAUUGUGUGAACAACUGUGUCAGCAAAUGGAAUAUACUGAAAAGGAAAAAGAAAGUGGUCACCGGAAACUUCCUCGUUUAGUUUUCUUCAGCCACCUUUUUAUCAGUCAAAAAAGAGCGUAGCUUGUUUUAAAAAAUUGGAAUAUGAUUUCAAAUAUACCCAAACUGUAGUCUCUCCGACUUGGACAGAAGAAAUAUUUUAACCCGUGAGCCUGGCCUUUAGUUUGAUUUUUUUAUCUUUGCAAUUUUAUCUUUCUAUAUACGUUGUUUGAAUUUUGCACGUAACCAGAGACCAAUUUGUUGCUGUUCUGACGUGACCUGGAAGCAUUCUUUGAAAGAGAUCAGAAGAAAUGUUGGACUAGGAAAAGAAUAAAAGUGCAGAAAGCCUUACAAACCUAUCUGCCAUCUCUUUUCGGUUUUGUACAGCUUGUUGUUUUGUGUACAAUGAUUGUCUAGCCUGUCAAGGGCUAAUAGAUUGUCCAUCUUCCUUUGUAAGAUGGUCCUUUUUAACAUAUUUUACCUUGUGUUCUUUUUUAAAAUAUGUGCUUUGCUCUGAGUUACCCAAUACUGAAUAUAAUCUAUUUAAAGAACCACAUCUUAUAGUUCAGUGCUUUUCUGGGUGAAGCUGAACUUCACGGCAGAAGCCUCAGUUGGCGCUAUGCGUGUCGCUGUUGAGAACCAUUGCGCCUGAGCAGAGCAGGCAGCUUUACUGGGCUUCAGGCUGCGUGUCUCAGUCCUCCUGUACAACAGCUAACCUAGGUCAGGGGUGGGUUGGAGGA